AUGCUCCAGGUGGCCCACCGGUACUUCGGGCUGCGGCUCCCGGCCUCGGCAUUACUUGCGAACUUCCACGUGCUGCUGCUGAUCCCUCAGCCAGGCCAAUAUGGCAAAAAGAAUCACAGCCAAAACGCAACUACUUUGCUGCCCAAAUUUACAACAGCCACCAGCUGUUCGACGAUCAAGGAAAAGUUUGUCAUUAAGCUAAAUGGAGCAGAGAUGCCAGGAUGUCCAGCCCCUGUGAAUAAUCUUACAGUUACGGGAAAGACCAACAGUUCUGUAACUCUAGCCUGGGAAAGUCCACCUUGCCCACCCUCCGCCUGCAGAACAAACACGACCAACAGCCAGAGCACAAACUGCGUGGCACACUUUUCCCAUCUGCAGCCUGGGCAGAAUUACACUAUUGUGCUGCAUCGGGUCACAGAGCCUGGAGGGAGCAACCAGAGCACAUCUGUCGACGUCACUACCUUGCCCGAACCCUUCACAGCUACCCCGAGUGUUCCCACCUAUGGAACUACAGAAAGAGUUACUGAUCAUCCUGGAUCUCCCACCUCAUCGGCUUUACGAUGCACAUCGUCCCAGCCAGCUAUUGAGCAGAACUCACUCUCGGCUGAACCUGGUGGACCAGUGACCUCUGUGCCCAGCUCAUCACAGUCGACACCGCAUGACCCCAUCUCCUACAGCACCGUUUUCCAAGGCUCCACAAAACCAUUCACAAACAGCAGUGACUGGUCCGGGGUCAUCAUCAGCGCCCUGUUUGCUGUGCUGAUUCUCCUGUUCCUCCUUGGCCUGCUGCUGCUGUUCUAUUUUCGGAGACGGAACGAGAAGGUUUUGGAGAAGUUGAAGGCAACUGCAGGACCCCCCUGUGUUCUUGCUUCGGUAUCUGUGUCGACUUUCCCGUGUUACUGCUGUGAGCACUUCUCUGACAGUGCGUUUGGUUUUGCCAAGGAAUACCAGCAGCUGCAAGACAUGGGGACGGGACAGCCCCAAACUGUGGCAGAACUUCCGAGAAACCGUGACAAGAACCGUUACACCAACGUUCUGCCAUAUGACAGCUCUCGAGUCAAGCUCAGUCCCAACCCCAGCGAUCCCAACUCAGAUUACAUCAAUGCCAGCUAUAUGCCCGGCUACCAUGGGGAAAAGGAGUACAUUGCAGCCCAAGGGCCACUGCCUGGAACGGUUCAUGAUUUCUGGCGCAUGAUAUGGGAGCAACGAGUCACAACCUUGGUCAUGCUCACCAACUGCACAGAAAAUGGAAGGGUGAAAUGUGAACGCUACUGGCCCCUGGAUUAUAUACCCUGCACCUAUGAUGACAUCACUGUCUCAGUUGCCAUAGAAACCAUCCUCCUGGACUGGACCAUCCGGGAUUUCACUAUCAAGCGGAAGAACGAGUGCGAAGUCCGCCUUGCCCGCCAUUACCACUACACGUCGUGGCCGGACCACGGGGUACCGACGGUCACGAGUGCCAUCCUUCACUUUCGAGACCUUGUGAGGAAGCACAUUGAACAACAUGUGGAGAGUGGGCCGGCUCUGGUUCACUGCAGCGCUGGUGUCGGCCGAACAGGAACCUUCAUCGCCUUGGACACCUUGCUGAGCCAAGCCCAGAAAGAGGGGAGGAUCGGGGUCUAUUCGUUUGUGCAGAGACUGAGGAUGAACCGGCCGCUCAUGAUUCAGACAGAGUCACAGUAUGUGUUCCUGCAUCAGUGUCUCCUGGACAGGAUCCAGCCACCUCUACCGGACAUGAGUGAGCAGAUGCAGUGUACUGCUGUGUAUGAAAACACUUUGGCUUUCCAAGACUAUGAGGUGUCCCGUGUGUGAGGGUUUUGGUCACCAUGCUGGAAAGUGUGAAGAAUG